AAGCAUCUUUCAUCUUUUAUCUUAUUUCUUACUUUUUUCCCAUUGUCAAAGCCUCGCCGUUGGAUGAACAGCAAUAUCUUUAACCCAUUAAGCCAUCCCUCCACAUUUAAUUUGCAACCUUCGGACGAAUACCAAGAUAGAAGUAUAUCAAAUUACCCAUAAGCACUCAUGCAGGAUAAUCAACCAUCAUUGGAAGAAGGUAUAGCCACUGAGCAAACCCAUUUGCUUCGCAAAGUCAGCAAAAAAAAUCAAGAUCAAACCGUUAGUGUGAAAGUAGAAGUCAUAUGGCUCCUUCGAAAGUCUCUUCCUGUCGUCGCUGCCUACCUUCUACAAAGCAGCCUGCAAAGCGUCACGGUCAUCAGCGUGGGUCGACUUGGCGCAACUGAACUAGCUUCGGCAUCUUUGGGCUCAAUCCUAGCCACGGUUACCGGAUUCAGUGUCAUGACGGGCGCCUCGCUUGCUCUGGACACUAUUCUGUCCCAAGCCUUUACUGGAGCAACUGAUAUCACCGUCGUCGGCCUACAACUCCAAAGAUCUCUUGUCAUCAUGGGACUUCUCAUGGCUCCUGUCUCUAUCUUAUGGUGGUAUGCUGAGCAAGUUUUUCUUCUGCUCGGUCAGGAUCCAGUUGUAGCACAAAAGGCAGCGGUGUUUGUUCGUAUGAUGAUACCUACCGCACCUGCUUUUGGAAUUUUCGAGGCCCUGAAGAAAUUUCUUCAAGCUCAAGGCAUAUUCACCGCUGGAACAUAUAUGUUACUAGUGGGAGCUCCUCUUAAUUUGAUUCUCAACUACUUGUUUGUGUGGUCCCCUUAUUUCUCUAUGGGUUAUAUCGGUGGUCCACUGUCAACAUGCAUUAGUUCUUGGGUUAUUGUUGUGUUGACGGUGUUGUAUAUCCGUUUUGUGGAUGGCAAUGCUGCUUGGGGUGGAUGGAGUAAAGCUGCUCUCCAUGUAAGAGACUGGAUGCCAUUCAUAAAGUUGGCUGUACCUGGUAUCUUGUUGAUUUGUACUGAAACCUGGGCUUUCGAAAUCAUCACUCUGGCUGCUAGUUGGAUGGGCACCACAAGUCUGGCAGCACAAAGCGUUAUAUGGACCACACAAACAACACUCUAUACUCUACCGUUCGGCAUCGGCAUUGCAGCAGCUACCCGAACUGGGAAUCUGUUAGGCGCCGGCCUCAGUCGUCAGGCAAAACUCGCCGCCAAUAUAGCUCUCGGCUUGGCCAGUGCAAUCGCCCUUUUCAACUGCGGCUUGCUGCUAACCUUACGAGCCAGUUGGGGAAGUUUUUUCACCGACGAUCCAGAAGUCAUCGCCUUGGUUGCAAGAGUAUUACCAUUUGUAGCAGUUUUCUGCAUUGCUGACACUGUAGCUGGAGUUAGCGAUGGUUUGUUGAACGGCCAAGGUCGACAGAAGAUUGCCGCAACCAUCAAUAUUGCAACCUAUUAUUUGACAGCGCUUCCCGUGGGAUUCUGGCUCAGCUUCUCAAUGGGUCUUGGUCUUCGAGGAUUAUGGUUAUCACUUGCCAUAUCUUUAUUUGCUGCAUGCCUCGUCACAGUCAUCAUUGUUCUUCGUACAAACUGGAACCAGCAAGCGCUGGAUGCUUGUACCAGAGCUAAAGGCGAGUGAAACUCAAGUUGUCGCUAUAAAGAAAAACAGUGUAUUACAUGCUUAUUGCAAAAUCGGUAACGACUUUGAAAACAUGUUCUCCAUGUAUCAUAUUUCACUUUUUAUAGAAAGUAAAUGAAUCAGUUUACUGAGUUCAAUAAUAAUUUUACCGAAUGUCUCG